GAAACUCUCGCUUCAUAACAUAAACGGUUUUUCAGUUCCAGAGCUCCUCCGUCUCCCUCAUUUCCACCGGCGCUGCCUCUCAACUUUCUCUCUAGCCCAUAUGAUUUAUAUGAGCUAUAAUCACAGUCGUUAAUUCCGGCGACUUUUGUUACAAUGACUUCAAUCACGUCCGUCGAAUUGAAUUACCUCGUUUUCCGUUACCUUCAAGAAUCAGGUUUUACGCAUUCAGCUUUUGUGUUAGGAUAUGAGGCAGGAAUUAACAAAUGCACCAUAGAUGGCAAUAUGGUUCCACCUGGUGCUCUCAUUACUUUUGUACAAAAGGGGCUUCAGUACUUGGAAAUGGAAGCGAAUUUGACUUGCCAGAGUGAUGCAGAUGUAGAUGAAGAUUUCUCAUUUUUGCAACCUUUGGAUCUUAUCACAAAAGAUGUGAAUCAAUUGCGGCAGAUAAUACAAGAGAAGAAAAAAAAUUUGCGCAAGGAUGGAGAGAAGGAGAAAGACAGAGACAAAGAUAAAGAUAAAGACAAAGACAAAGACAAAGAGUUCGAAAGGGAACAUGAAAGAGAACGUGCACGAGUGAGAGAGAAGGAAAGACAUGAAAGGGAAAAGGAGAAUGAAAAGGAUAGAGAGAGGUUAGAAAGGGAAAAAGAGCGAGACAAGCAGCAUGAGGAUAACACUGAUAGCAGAAUGAUUACUGAUACAGAAAAUAAGCAUGAAGAAAAUGGAAUUUCUGAAGUAGGACCAGAGCCAAUGGAUAUUUCUACAGCAUCAACAUCUCAGACAUGUGAAAUUCCUAGUUCUGAUGUGAUGAUUUUGGAAGGACAUACUUCUGAGGUUUGUGCUUGUGCAUGGAGUCCAACAGGAUCACUUCUUGCAUCAGGUUCUGGAGAUUCCACAGCGCGAAUUUGGACAAUAGCUGAGGGGACCUCUAGGUCAGUUGCUCAGAAUGGUCCUUUAAAUGUGCUAGUAUUGAAGCAUGUAAAGGGAAGGACAAAUGAGAAAAGCAAAGAUGUGACAACACUUGAUUGGAAUGGCGAGGGAACAUUACUUGCAACUGGCUCUUAUGAUGGGCAGGCAAGAAUUUGGAGUACAGACGGUGAACUAAAGACUACAUUAAGUAAGCAUAAAGGACCCAUAUUUACUUUGAAGUGGAACAAGAAGGGGGAUUAUCUGCUAACUGGAAGCUGUGAUAAAACAGCAAUUGUGUGGGAUGUGAGGGCUGAGGAAUGGAAACAGCAGUUUGAGUUUCAUUCAGGUCCUACACUUGAUGUUGACUGGCGCAAUAAUGUUUCAUUUGCAACAAGCUCCACUGACAAUAUGAUAUAUGUAUGCAAAGUUGGAGAGACGCGCCCUAUUAAAACUUUUGCUGGACAUCAGGGCGAGGUUAAUUGUGUCAAGUGGGAUCCUACAGGUUCAUGGUUGGCAUCUUGCUCUGAUGAUAUCAGUGCUAAGAUAUGGAGCAUGAAGCAGGAGAAGUAUGUUCAUGAUCUAAGGGAACAUUCUAAGGAGAUUUAUACUAUCAGAUGGAGCCCUACGGGACCUGGUACAAACAAUCCCAACCAGCCAUUAGUGCUGGCUAGUGCAUCAUUUGACUCGACAGUGAAGUUAUGGGACGUGGAAUUUGGGAAACUUCUCUGCAGUUUGAAUGGACACAGGGAGCCUGUGUAUUCGGUUGCAUUUAGUCCUAAUGGAGAAUACCUGGCAAGUGGAUCUCUUGAUAGAUGCAUCAACAUUUGGUCAUUGAGGGAAGGAAAGAUUGUGAAAACAUAUGCUGGCAACGGGGGAAUAUUUGAAGUUUGUUGGAACAAGGAAGGUGAUAAAAUUGCUGCCUGUUUUGCCAACAAUACAGUUUGUGUUUUAGAUUUCAGAAUGUGAAAACUAGUGAGGUGCUAGGAUCGGCUGGGAUUUCUAGGAGCUUGUGGUAGCAUUCUAUUUAGCUGGUCUUCAGUUUCCCGUGGAAGUGAGCUUUCCUUCUAUGGGGAUGUGAAAAGUUCUUCCAUUUGGUAGGUUUUUCAUUUUAUUGUUUUGGUAGUUAUAGGUGUUACUAAUUUGGAAUUCAAAGAUUGCUGCAAGUCGUAAGUGAAUCUCCCCAGCCAAUUGUUAGCUAGUCAUCUGCUCUGUAGGACGUGGUUCGGGAACAAAUAUGUACAGAAUUGUUUGCACUGGAUCCUUUUUAGCUUCGUUUACAUUACUAUUUCAUAUGAAGCAUCCAUCUUUCUGAAA